UCGUUUAUUAAUAGUAUUAGCUGACGGUUUAUUUAUUUAGUAGCUACCGUAAGUUAUUAACUAUAAAACAUGUAUUGCAGGAAAUGAAAGCUGCUUCGUCUCAGGAAAGGAUACAUUGUUUCUGCUAACUAAUUUACAGACCGCGUUAGGCUAUUGCUAUAGUUUCACAUAUGAUUCAAAGAUUGAACUGAAAAGCUAACGUCAACAAAACAUUUGUACCAGCGUGUUAAGAAUGCGUACGGUAUUUAAAAUACAUUAACAGUAUAGUAAUUGUAAUGCGAUAAAAACGUGUUUUUAAUCACGUUUAUUACUGUGAACAAGGUUCAAGUGUAUGAUUCAGAGUCGGACUACAUUUGCAAACUUAUCACUUCGUACAGUUCGUUUUGUUAUCACUAUACUUGUUUUGUUAACUAGUCUUCUAUGUAAAAUCAGCAGAAGAAUUAAUAAAUCUGUUUAAGGACUGUACCUGGCUUAUGAAUCGUGAAUAUCGGAUAAUUUACUUGUAUGGUAAAUUGAUCACGAAGCCAUUCUUUUGUUUGCAGAAAUGUCCACAGGCUACUGCGUAGGUUGGGUUAAAAGGCAUGAAUGGCAGGGCUACACACUUUGAAACAGGAAGGGAAUGUCACAGUAAUCCAAACCCUAACCAAAUACUAGUUUGUUUUAUAGGUCCCUGCAUUGAAUGCCUUUACUGAAUCAAUAUGCAGCAGCCUGAGGACGUUCUUGAAAAAGCAGAGGGAUUUGAAACAGAAUUGGGGUGGACAGUCUUCACAUGGCAGAAACAGAAUGGUGGAUUGGCAGGUCAUUCCAUUGCCGAAACCCAGACUGGUCCAGUUCACACAGAAGACAAGGAAACUCAAACCAGCUCUCCUAUGAUACAGAGAUUACUGGAUCAAGAUGGGGCUGUCAAACCUUUUUCCCAGUUCGACAGACAAGCCCCUGCCAGGAUUUCCACUUCCCCUACUUUAAGAAGAAUGAGAAAAAGCAUAAGGCGCCCACAACUGCAGCUGGACUUGUGGAAACUUGAGAGGCAGAGCAACAUACCAGCUGACACAGCUAAUGUUAGUGUCUCCCAGACAAACCUCCAUGUUCCUGGGACUCAUACAUCAUGUGUAAACAACCAACGGUCUCCUCUGGCCAGAGAUGCCUCUUCCCCUGUGAACUGCAGUGAGGAUUCAGCACAGGACUGUCUAGAAGGAAUAUCACCACCCCAAGAAAAGCAAGCUGGGGAUUUUAAUAAUAAACUAGACAAUGACCUUAUUUAUAACAGACCAAAAUCUCAUUCUGCAAGAAAAAUAGGCAGUGGAAAAUUUCACCCAUCAAAUGAUUGCCAUCAGGUGACAGAAUCAACCCAGAAAAGAAUGCAGGAACGGCGACGCAGCUCUGUUGUGGUGAGUUUGCCUGGACUCGAUGUAUCUCCUGGGGACUUGUUUGUCUCAGAUGGGGCAGCGGACUAUCUGAGCCGUUCAACUUUAUCAGAUACCAAGAAAUCCAAAUGGCCUUUUUUGAAACGAGGGACAAGUAAAGACAAGCUAAAGUUAUUGUCAGACGUGGAGAAGUGUCUUUCAUCUAUACAGAUCCAGGAUUGGAGACUCUGCGAUUUUCAAAAGUACAAGGAUAAAACCCUGGCUGAGUUUUUGGCGGUUCGGCACCCCAAUGUUGAGCUGCAGAACUGCCAACAUGGCUAUAAAAGAGAGGAAGCGGUGUGGGAGCUUUUUACCAGCGAAUGCGUUUACUUUCUCGACCAGCUGAUGGUGCUUAAAGAGGUUUUCCUGAGCACCCUAAAUAGCCUGCAAAGCAGUGACUGCCUUCUUGAUGUUGACGUGUGGAGACUUUUUGCAAAUCUGAACGAGUUGUGUCUGGUGAGCUUCAGUUUCCUGACCAGCCUUUUAAAGGGAAUCAAUGACUCCUGGGCAAAUGUAGACAAAAGUAUGACGUCUUUGGAGACAUUACUAACCAAGCAUUUCAAAGAAAGUGUUUGUCACUGUCAGCAGAAAUACUGCCUCAACUACUCCUCUGCUGUCUUUUACCUCGACAGUCUGAAGCAAAGAGAAGAUUUUGGGACGUAUCUGAAGUGGUGCGAGCGGAAUGAGCAGUGCAAGCGAUUACACUUGUCUGACAUGCUGGUGGCGCCAAUGCAGAGGUUCACCCGCUACCCUUUACUUCUCAAGAACAUUUGGAAAAGAAGCACCAGCGAAGAAGAGAAGAUUGCACUCCAGUAUAUCAUCAAACUAGUUGAGGGUUCCAUACAAGACCUUGAAGGUAAAGUGAAGUGGCUCCACAACUUUCAGACAGUCCAGCAACUGCAAGAGAUGAUUGUCUGGCCUCCGGUUUGGGAACGGGAUAAAAGGGCCUUUAUCCCUGAUAAUUUGAAACAUGUGUUUAAACAAACCAGUCUGGAAAACCUCAUAUCUUCAAACCAAAAUCUUUUACAUGAAGGAAGAUUGAAUCUGACAGGAAGUACAAAGGUCCAGGAGGUAUAUUUGUUCCUGUUUGAUGAUUUUCUGUUGAUUACCAAGAAUAAACGCAGUAAAAAGAAAUCUGUGAGCUCUGAACAAGCUACUUUGUGCCCACCAGUAAAUCAAGAACUACAGACGAUGCUCAAAGACGGUGGCACUUUCCAUGUUGUUGACCAGCCAAUUUCACUGGAUAGAGUGCUGGUAAAAAACAUUGAUCAACUGAAUGCAACAGGCUGUGGAUUACGCAAUGCUUUUAUUGUAAUGCAUCAAAACCGAUACCAGCAAUGCAUAGGAGUUUUCAUUUUGCAAGCACAAACAGAAUCUAGCAAGAAAGCUUGGAUUUUGGAAAUAGAAAAAGCAGCUGAGGCACUAUCAAGGUCUGAAACUCGGAAACCAAUGAGUAAGAAUUCCCCCUCCUGGCUUGAGUCUUCACAGAUUUAACAGGCGUGAUUAGAUCCAGUUCAGACCUGCCAAGACCUUACAUGGGAAGAUAAAAAAAUGUAAUUUAGUUUUGUGAGGGUGUUGCUUUGUCUUUGUAAUAUUGUAUUAGUUUUUGUUUUUUUUUAAUAAAUGCAUUUAUUAUUUUUAAAGCCAUAUGCAACUUCGGUUUAAGUUUGCCAUUCAGAAUAUUUUAUUUAUUAUUAUUUAUUUUUUUUAAUUCUUUUUUUUUGUUUUAUUUAUUUUCUUUAACAACAACACAUCCGAUUUACAAAUACUGAAUAGAGGAAUCUCUAAAGAAAGGACCAUGUCAGUGACUGGGUUUGAAUGUGGCUUAGAUAAAAAGAAAAAGUAACAGUA